AUGGAUGAAGAAGGAGAAAGUAUUCUUUUAGAAGACAAUUAUUAUCAGUUGCUUAAUAUCUCUAAAACGGCCACUGAAGAUGAAAUUAAUAGUGCAUAUCGUCGGUUCUCCCGCAUGUUCCAUCCAGAUAAACACAGCACAGACCCAAAUAAGCAGAAAUGGGCUGAGCAAAUAUUCAAUAAAGUGAAGGAGGCAUACGAAGUGCUCUCCGACUCUCAUAAAAGGGCUAUCUAUGACACUCUUGGUAAGAGAGGUCUAGAGGUUGACGGAUGGGAAGUUAUUUUCCGCACUCGAACUCCUCGAGAGAUAAGGGAAGAAUAUGAAAGAUUGAAAAGAGAACGAGAAGAACGAAGGCUACAACAAAGCGCUAACCCGAGAGGCACCAUCACUCUUUCCAUUAAUGCAACAGAUCUCUUCAUGAAAUAUUACGAUGAGUAUGACAUAUUGGAAGACUCUGCCAUAAUACCAAGUAUAGAAGUAUCCGGCAUGACAAUACAGCAGUCCAUCGAUGCACCUGUUACCUUGAGAAACACAGUCACUUUAUCCGGCAAUAUAUCCACUCAAAAUGGAACUGGUACGGGUUCGCUAACAAUGUCUAACCGCCAUCUUAGCUCUGAACGCGGUUGGACAGAAGUGGAAUGUGGUAUCGGAAAUGGUCCAGUGUUCGGUUUCAAGAUAUUCAGGACAAUAUCCCGUCUAAUGUUUGUUAACUGUUGGACGGGUCUCCAGUUCACGCCUAGAGGCAUUGUGCCUAGUUUCGUUUCGACAAUGGCGUUACAACUGGACGCACAUUCAGUCGGAUAUCUAACAUAUAGAGCUGGUGGGCAGUCAGGGUCGUCGAUGACGUCAACAUAUGUAAGGGACUCGGAAAAGUAUCAUCUCAACACUUCGGUGCAAAUUGGCAACCCUCACUCGUUCAUAUCAUUCAAUAUAAUGAGGAAGUUGCCGCAGCACGAGCUCAAACUGAGAUUGGCUUUGAAAUUGGGUACAUUUGGCGCGAUUGCAGAAUAUGGCGCAGAGAAGAAAGUGUCACAAAACAGCAGUGUAUCUGCUGCAGUCAUGCUCGGAGUGCCAAGCGGGGUUAUGCUUAAAUUGAAAUGGUCCUGCUCAUCCCAAACGAUUGUAGUGCCAAUACAUUUAUGCGAAGAAGUUAUCCCAUCACCGGUGUUCUAUGCGACCAUGGUGCCCAUAGUGUCAUGGCUUGUGUUAAAGAAGUUAGUUUUGGAACCUAUAGCAAGGGAAAAAAGAGAGAGAGAAAGGCAAAGGUCCAUGGAGGCUAAUUUUGAAAGACUACAAGAAAUGCAAAUACAAGCGCGGGCGACGGUCGAGUUGAUGAAAGAGACGUAUAGUCGAAUCAAAAAUGACGAAGAAAAGAAAAAAGGCUUAGUGAUAAUUAAGGCGUUAUAUGGAAAAUUACCUUCGGGUGCAACUAAUCACGAGAUCCCAGCAGAAAUGGGCGACAUGCCGUCUCCGGAGUCACCAAGUGCUUAUGCCGAAGUUAUAGAUGUGACAAUACCAGUACAAUGUCUCACUAAAGAUUCUCGACUGGAAUUACUUGAAGCUAGUAAGUCGGAGUUACCAGGUUUUUACGACCCGUGUGUGGGAGAAGACAAACAUCUAACAAUACAAUAUAUGUUCCACAAUAACAUACACUGUUGUACCGUACCCGAUAACCAUGCUGUUGUAUUGCCACGUAACAAUCAUCGAGUUAAGAAUAGAUCC